AAGAUAAGUUAAACUCACUGUCUUUGGACAGCUGUCGUUUAAUUUUUAUGCCGCCUGAUCGAAUGAUCGGGGUAUAUUGUUUUUGGCCUGUCUGUGUUUCAUUGUAUGUGUCUGUCAUUGAAGCUCAUUGGGUCAUUGUCGACCUGAAAUGGCUUGAAGUCACCCGGAGGUGACUAGAAGCCGAUUCUUGACACCCAAAGGGUGACUUCAAGCCGAUUCAUGUUGUCGUGAAUAUUAUAUGAGAUUUUAGGCGUAGCGUUGAUUGGCGGUUGCCGCGAAUGAGCACGUUACUAUUAUUAUUAUUUUGACGUCAUAUAGAUUUGUAUUGUUGUUGACGGGCAGUUGAAUUAAAGGAUCGAACCUGAACAGUCGUGUUUUGCAUAUCAACUCAAAGUACACCAUUAUACCUUCGUGAAAUUGGUGCCGUGAACAAACAGUAAAAUGCCGACGACAAUAGAGAAGUUACUAGGCCAGCGGCUAGGUUUGAAAAAUAUUAUUGACCGUUUCGACAGUAAAAUAGAAGAAGCGAGCGAUGAAGACGAUGACAUUCAGUUUCAAGCGCUUAUCGAGAAAUUAGAAGAAAAAGUGGCAUGUCUGCUAGUCCACAAUGAUAAAAUUCUCUCGCUCACCGACGCCGACGCUGCGCCAGAGGAGAUGGUCAAGGCAGAAGAGUAUACCUUCGACGUAGAGGUCAAACUACGAAGAUACAAGCAGCGUCUACAGCAGCCUAACAUUGGCAUCACAGACGCCGCCGAUUUAUUAUCGCUUGCAUCUGGUUCCGGUAGUCAGCAGGCAUCCGGUCCACUACCACCAAACAACCAACGCAGGGUGAACACCAAUUCAUCAAACAACAGCGGCCAGUCAGCGCCCGAGAUAAGUACAUCUAGUACUCAUAAAUUGCCGAAAUUAACACUUCCACGAUUUGACGGUGAUAUAUUACAAUGGCAAUCAUUCUGGGAUUCAUUUGAAUCGUCAAUCCAUUGCAAUGUCAACUUGACUGAUGUGCAGAAAUUCAAUUAUUUGAAAGCACAGUUGGAGGGUACAGCCGCCAUGACUGUUGAAGGAUUUGCACUCACGAAUGCAAAUUACACGCGCGCAGUCGAAUUGUUACGUGAAAGGUAUGGUCAACAUUGCAAAAUUGUUCAUGCAACCAUGCAAGCGUUAUUGAAAUUGUCAUCACCAACUUCCACAGUCGCGAGUUUGAGAGGGCUUUACGACCGCAUGGAAACGUAUAUCCGGGGUCUUGAGUCGCUAGGACAACAUCAAGAUAUGUACGGUAGCCUAUUGGUGCCAGUUGUAUUGGAAAAAUUGCCGAUGGAUAAACGUAAAAAUCUCGCCCGCGUAAACGAGAAUAAUGACUGGUUUUUGCAAGAUCUGCGACGAGCGAUUAACAAGGAAAUCAACAUUCUCGAGAUCGGCACCGGAAGUUCCUAUGAGUUGCCGGAAGUUAGCGACUACAACUCAACAGCAUUGUUUCAUGCAAGUGCGAAUGGUAAGAAGACUUCAUACACUCCUAGCAACAAGUUUGGCAAAAGGAAUACGCAAAAUUAUUCUAGAACAUGUGCAUUUUGUGAUCAAGAACAUUUAAAGAGUGAUGGAAUAGAAACACUUAGCCUGACGGGAUUCGGAGGAAGUAAUAACAGAAGCUUACAGCAACUAGAACGCACGACAGUGUACAUAGUUUCGAAGAGAAAGAAGAUACCUGUUAGUGUACUCAUCGUCCCCACUAUUGCGGCUCCCAUCAGAUGCGGAUAUCUUAGAUCGACUGCGGAACUUCCGUACCUGCGGGGAUUGAAGUUGGCUCAUUCCGUUACAGGUGAAACGUUAUUUGACAUUUCAUUACUUGUUGGAGCUGACCACUAUUGGGAUAUUGUCAAAGAUCAUGUUGUUCGAGGGAACGGGCCGACCGCCGUCAAGUCUAAGAUUGGUUAUUUACUGUCCGGUCCGAUGCCCUCCACGUCUCAUGCAUCAGCUGAUAAGCACAUCUUGAACGUACUUGCAUCGCGCGCCCCAGAACACAGCAUAUUAGAACGUUUCUGGAGUCUUGAGAACAUGGGUAUCUCACCUUGUGAACCUGACCGGAAGUCUGUCGAGUACCUACAGCAAUACCAAGCGACAGCUAUUGAGUACGACAACGGAAGGUACCAUGCCAAACUACCAUGGAAGCAAGACCACCCUGCUCUACCAACAAACCACAACAUAGCCUUGAAGAGAACUGUUGGGGCUAUUCAGAGGUUGUGCAAUGAACCGGAAGUGCCUCGGCACAUGGUGACAUCAUAGCAGAGCAGGAAAGACAUGGCUUCAUCGAGCGGGUACCACUUGGUCAAGAGUCAGCUGAACAAGUGCACUACAUUCCUCAUCACCCAGUGGAAAAAGAAUCAUCAACGACACCCAUACGCAUCGUCUACGAUUGUAGCUGCCGUCAGUCACGUGAUUCACCAAGCUUGAACGACUGCCUGAAAUCAACGCCACCGGCAUUGAACGAGCUUACGUCGAUUCUUACAAUCGUCACAGAAAUGGAGGCUGUACUUAACGAUCGGCCAUUGACGUAUGCAUCAACAGAUCUAAACGACCCCGCGCAUAUCACGCCGUCGCAGCUGUUAUACGGUCGCCGAGUUACAACGCUGCCACACGAUGACGUCACAUUCGAUGCCGGGAGUACUGUCGCUGCAGCCGAUCAUGCUACAUUUAACCGCAUGGCAAGGCGACGAGAGCUGCUCAUACAACAGUUAUACAGACGCUGGAAGACUGAAUACCUUACGUCACACCGCGAGCACCACCGAAUACCUGGUUCCAACACGCAGACGAUCAACACCGGGGACGUGGUGCAGAUCCAUGAUUAUGGCCCGAGAUGUUGAUGGAAACUUGCCGUGGUCGUCGAUGUUGUUGCCGAAAGGGACGGGCAUGUUUGCGAGGCGAAAGCGCGAAUCAGUAACGGAUUGUAUACCAUAAGGCCAAUAGCGAAACUUUAUCCACCGGAAGUGAAAAGUGCCAAUAAAAACUGAUGGACAAUCAUGAUAUUGUUGUGAUGGACUGUUUUUAAAUAUUUAAGCAUUUUGUUAUGAUUAUCGUAUUCGUAUACUUAUGUGAAAACUCUGUUUUUAUCAUUUUGCGGCCCCCAGUAUGUCGUGAAUAUUAUAUGAGAUUUUAGACGUAACGUUGAUUGGCGGUUGCCGCGAAUGAGCACGUUACUAUUAUUAUUAUUUUGACGUCAUAUAGAUUUGUAUUGUUGUUGACGGGCAGUUGAAUUAAAGGAUCGAACCUGAACAGUCGUGUUUUGCAUAUCAACUCAAAGUACACCAUUAUACCUUCGCGAAACAUGUCACCCUGGGGUGACUAGAAGCCGAUUCAUGUCACCCUGGGGUGAUUUCGAGCCAAUUCUAGUCACCCGGUCGGCUUGAAGUCACCCCAGGGUGACUUCAAUCCAUUUCAGGUCGACAAUGACCCAAUGAGUGUCAUUGAAUGUGUCCCAUAACUUUAACCUUGGUCAUAACUUUUGCAAUAUUGAUGAUAGCAACUUGAUAUUUGCAUGCAUGUGUAUCUCAUUGAGCUGCACAUUUUGAGUGGUGAAAGGUCAAGGUCAUCCUUCAAGGUCAAACGUGAAAAAAUAAAUAAAAAAAUUCAUAGUGGCGCAUUA